AUGGCACCUCAAUACAACGCUGAAACGACCGGCUCCGAAUUGGUCACCGAAUUUGCCGCCCAGAUCAAAGGCAAGGUUAUUCUCACUACUGGCGUCUCGCCCAAAUCUUUGGGGGCACAAUUCGUUCAGCUUAUCGCGGAAGCUGAACCCGCUCUUCUCAUCUUGACCGGCCGCAAUACGACCAAGGCGCAACAGACUGCCGAGGUCGUUGCCAAGGCCCACCCCAAUGUCAAGACACGGGUUUUGAAGCUGGACCUGGGCUCCCUGGCCUCAGUCCGGGAGGGUGCUGCCGAGGUCAAUUCCUGGGACGACGUGCCGCACAUCGAUGUCCUUGUCAACAAUGCCGGAAUCAUGGCUGUUCCAUUCGCACUGACUGCAGAUGGUUAUGAAAGUCAAUACGCUACCAAUCAUCUGGGCCACUUUUUGUUUACCAACCUGAUCAUUGAUAAGCUCCUCAAGAGCAGUGAACCCAGACUUGUCAGCGUGAGCAGUGAUGCCCAUCGUUUCAGUCCUGUCAGGUUUGACGACAAUGACUUCCAUCGUGGCGAGAACUACAACAAGUGGAUUGCAUACGGCCAAGCCAAAACAGCCAACAUGCUCAUGGCUUUAUCGUUUGCCGAGAAGUUGGGAAAGAAGGGGCUGGUAGCUGUGAGCUUGCACCCCGGCGUCAUCGGUACCAACCUGGGAGAUGCUCUCGAUUGGACGGGCGGUGAUGUUGCCUUGUUGAAUUCUGUUGAUAAGACCUUGGGAAACAGGGAAGCAUGGGAGGACGGUCUGAAGUGGAAGACACAUGAUCAGGGCGUGGCCACCCAUGUCUUUGCUGCCUUCCACCCCAGCUUGAAAGAGCACAACGGUGCUUAUCUUCAGGACGCGCAUGUUGCCGAUCCCUGGACCGAGACCGUGAAGCCCUGGGGCACAAGCCCGGUGGAGGCUGAGAGGCUUUGGAAGCUGAGCGAGAAGCAAGUCGGACAGGAGUUCACAUACAACUGAAGUUGGUAUGGGGCCUCCACGGCCUCCAACAGUAGGCAGUCAAAUAGAAGCGGUUGGAAAGUGAUGCCGGAGAUAAUUUAGGUUGAAUGUAACCUCGGUGACAGGGUGGGCAACAGAAGGAGCUGAAUAAAAGCCCAUAGUAGGAUAAUGAUCAGCUUCUGUGGCGACGUCAGACUAUAUGGUAUCCUAUAGAGUUGGUGAGUUCGGCCUGUUUUCUUUCUAGAAUCAAGAAGUUCUGCUAUGGAAAGCUAGAAUCCUCCCCUGGAUGCAUCCUUUCUUGCGCGCCAAACGGGCGUCGACUUCCUCUUCAGGAGGUGAUUGAGUGUGCCGAGCAGUACCUGGACAGGUUUUAUUCCUGCCACAAGGUAGCAGAGCGACGUCAACUCUUUCCUAUUCAUCAAUGCGGGCUGCAGGGUUGGCCACAGGUUUGAUCGUGCCUUACAUUUUUAAAUGAAGUGUUCCAGAUGUAACCUC